AUGUUGGUCAAGCAGCUCCUCACCAUGGUCUUCUUUUUCUUUAGCCUACUCUCUCAAUUCCUAAAAUCCUCUUCCCAAAGUCUUCACUUCACUUACAAUGGCUUCCGUCCUCCACUGACUGACUUAUCUCUCCAAGGGAUCGCCACCGUCACACCCAACGGUUUAUUGAAGCUAACCAACGCAACCUCGCAAAACCGGUCACGCUUUCUAUACCAAACCAAUCCGGUUCAAAGAUUCUCCAAACGGCAACGUCUCGUCCUUCUCUACAACCUUUGUCUUCGCCAUCAGCCCUCAGCAGCGGAUGCUUAG